CUUUUGAACCCCGCUGGACAGAUUAGGUUACAAGGCAGGUUUGAUUUCAGCUCUGGCUGUCAGCAGGGGAAGGGUUAAGGGGAGACGCGGCAUGUUAACUGUAUCUGCGGAGAUUCUGGAAUGUUUAUCCAGUGUUCAGAUUUCCUGUUUGAGUGUUUGGAUUUCCUGAAAUCCUGGCUAUCAACCCAAGUGCUGCCCCGUGAGCAGACGCUUUUUUUGUUCGUGCGGCUCACAUGGUUGGCUUUCCUUCCUGCUCUCUUCCCAGUUGUAGUGCCUGUGUCUUCUCACCGCUCAGGGCAUUCAUGGAUGCAAACCAAAACUUUUAACCUCCAGAACUCGGUGGAUCCUCCUCCAUUGGAUUGCACUGGAUUUGAUUUUUUGUCUUACUGGGAUUAAUAACUGAAGAAACAUGGUCUCUUUCAGCUGCUUGUGGGAGAAUAUAUUUUAGCCUAAGAUGGAAUAAUGGCCUUAGGUUUGAGAAGCAAAUUUGGAAUGGGAAUUCAAACCGCACAAGUCCUGGUAAUUUUCUUGUGGUGACAGAUGAGACAUGAGAUCUUCAGCCUCCAGGCUUUCAAGUUUUUCUUCAAGAGAUUCAUUAUGGAAUCGGACCAUGCCGGACCAGAUCAGCGUGUGCGAGUUCAUCGCCGAGACCACGGAGGACUACAACUCGCCCACCACGUCCAGCUUCACCACGCGCCUGCAGAACUGCCGCAACACCGUCACGCUGCUGGAGGAGGCAUUGGAUCAAGACAGAACUGCACUACAGAAAGUGAAAAAAUCUGUAAAAGCAAUAUAUAAUUCUGGGCAAGAUCAUGUUCAAAAUGAAGAGAACUAUGCACAAGUACUAGAUAAAUUUGGAAGUAAUUUUUUAAGUCGGGAUAACCCAGAUCUUGGCACUGCUUUUGUAAAAUUUUCGACGCUUACUAAGGAAUUAUCAACGCUGCUGAAAAACCUGCUGCAGGGUUUAAGCCACAACGUUAUCUUCACUUUGGAUUCUCUUUUGAAAGGAGACUUGAAAGGAGUUAAAGGGGAUCUUAAAAAGCCAUUUGACAAAGCCUGGAAGGAUUAUGAGACCAAAUUUACAAAAAUUGAAAAGGAGAAACGAGAGCAUGCAAAACAGCAUGGGAUGAUAAGAACAGAGAUAACAGGAGCUGAGAUAGCAGAAGAAAUGGAGAAGGAAAGGCGGUUAUUUCAGCUCCAGAUGUGUGAAUAUCUCAUUAAGGUUAAUGAAAUCAAGACAAAAAAAGGGGUGGACCUUCUACAGAAUCUUAUCAAAUAUUAUCAUGCACAGUGCAAUUUUUUCCAAGAUGGCUUGAAAACAGCUGAUAAACUGAAACAAUAUAUUGAAAAAUUGGCUGCUGAUUUAUAUAAUAUAAAGCAGACACAAGAUGAAGAAAAGAAACAGCUUACUGCCCUCCGAGACUUGAUAAAAUCCUCUCUCCAGCUUGAUCAGAAAGAGGAUUCCCAAAGCAGGCAAGGAGGAUACAGUAUGCAUCAGCUUCAGGGAAAUAAGGAGUAUGGUAGUGAGAAGAAAGGUUAUCUCUUAAAGAAGAGUGAUGGGUUAAGGAAGGUGUGGCAAAGAAGGAAGUGCACUGUCAAAAAUGGAAUUCUUACCAUAUCACAUGCAACAUCCAACAGGCAGCCUGCUAAACUGAAUCUACUAACCUGCCAAGUGAAGCCAAAUGCUGAAGAUAAGAAGUCUUUCGAUCUGAUAUCACACAACAGAACAUACCAUUUCCAGGCAGAAGAUGAACAAGAGUAUAUAGCAUGGAUAUCAGUGUUGACUAACAGCAAAGAAGAAGCUUUAAACAUGGCAUUCCGCGGAGAGCAGAGCGCUGGGGAAAACAGUUUAGAGGAUCUAACGAAAGCCAUUAUUGAUGACAUACAGAGGUUACCUGGAAAUGAAGUCUGCUGUGAUUGUGGAUCACAAGAUCCAACGUGGUUAUCAACUAAUCUGGGCAUUUUAACAUGUAUAGAGUGUUCUGGAAUACAUAGAGAAAUGGGUGUUCAUAUCUCUCGAAUUCAGUCUUUGGAAUUAGACAAAUUAGGAACAUCUGAACUCUUGCUGGCCAAGAAUGUAGGAAAUAAUAGUUUUAAUGAUAUUAUGGAAGGGAAUUUACCUAGUCCUUCGCCUAAACCCACUCCAUCAAGUGAUAUGACGGCACGUAAAGAAUAUAUCACUGCUAAGUAUGUAGACCAUAGGUUUUCUAGAAAGACUUGUGCAUCUGCAGCAGCUAAACUGAAUGAACUACUUGAGGCUGUCAGAUCCAGGGAUUUACUUGCACUAAUUCAAGUCUAUGCAGAGGGAGUAGAGCUAAUGGAGCCGCUCUUAGAGCCCGGACAGGAGCCAGGUGAAACAGCACUUCAUUUAGCAGUCCGGACUGCUGACCAAACCUCUCUCCAUCUGGUUGACUUCCUUGGACAAAACUGUGGAAACCUGGAUAAACAGACUGCAUUGGGGAAUACAGUUCUACACUACUGCAGUAUAUAUAAUAAGCCUGAGUGUCUGAAGUUGCUUCUUAGGGGCAAACCAACUGUUGAUAUAGUAAAUCAAGCGGGAGAGACAGCUCUGGAUACGGCAAAGAGAUUGAAAGCUAUCCAAUGUGAAGAACUGCUUUCCCAAGCCAAGUCAGGAAAGCUAAAUCCACAUGUACAUGUAGAAUAUGAGUGGAACCUUCGACAGGAAGAAAUUGAUGAAAGUGAUGAUGAUUUAGAUGACAAGCCUAGUCCUAUAAAAAAAGAACGUUCUCCAAGGCCCCAGAGCUUUUGUCACUCUUCCAGUCUUUCUCCACAAGACAAAAUGUCUCUGCCUGGAUUUGGUACUCCUAGAGACAAACAAAGACUCUCCUACGGAGCCUUUACCAAUCAGAUUUUUGUCUCUACAAGCACCGAUUCACCAACCUCUCCAACAGCAGAUGCUCCUCCUCUCCCUCCUAGAAAUGCUGUCAAAGUACCGGUCCUACCAUUAGCUGGAAUAUUGGUUCUACCAUUUCUCUCAUUCAGUGGUCCACCUUCAACACUCCCUCUAAACACUCAAACCUCUAGUGGCAGCUCCACUCUUUCCAAGAAGAGACCACCUCCCCCACCCCCUGGACACAAAAGAACCCUCUCUGACCCACCAAGCCCACUACCUCAUGGACCCCAGAAUAAGGGCCCAGUUCCUUGGGGUAAUGAUUUGGGCCCAUCUUCGACUAAGACUGCAAACAAGUUUGAGGGGAUGUCUCAGCAGUCAAGCACUGGAACUGCAAAGACUGCACUUGGACCAAGAGUUCUUCCUAAACUACCUCAGAAAGUGGCACUAAGAAAAAUAGAAACCAGUCAUCAUCUUUCAAUAGAUAAACCGAGUCCUCAUGCAGAAAUCUUCCUGAAGUCUUCACAGUCUAUUGAUCUGCCACAGAAACCACAACCUGGAGACUUGGCCCCAAAGUCUCAACCUGUGGAACAAACCCAGAAACCUCAAAUUGGAGAUUUACCCCCCAAACCAGGAGAGCUCCCCCCAAAACCUCAACUAGGAGACUUGCCACCAAAACCACAACUUGGAGACUUACCUCCAAAGCCACAAAUGAAGGACCUUCCUCCCAAACCUCAGCUAGGAGAGGCGUUGGCUAAAACUCAAGCCAGAGAAGCAUCUCCAAAGCCUCCACCCUCUGAGACCAAUCAGAAAUCUCACUCCUUGGAUCUUUCUCCAAAUGCACAGUCUAGAGACGCCGUCCAAAAACAACCAUCUGAAGAUGCUAAUGACAUAGCGCACAGCCUCCCAGAGACCCCCGUGCCGCUCCCCAGGAAAAUAAACAUGGGGAAAAACAAAGUCAGAAGAGUAAAGACCAUUUAUGAUUGCCAAGCAGAUAAUGAUGAUGAACUUACCUUUGUUGAAGGAGAAGUAAUUAUUGUAACUGGUGAAGAGGACCAAGAGUGGUGGAUUGGCCACAUCGAAGGACAGCCGGAGAGGAAAGGAGUCUUCCCUGUGUCCUUUGUGCACAUUCUGUCAGACUAAUAAACAUACAAAACUUGAGCAUUGCACAUCCUUCAUGCAAGACGGGCUUUUUAGCAAAAGCGAACAGCUGCUGCCUCCCUGUAAUCCUGUGCACAAUUGUAUAUAUAGCUGCUGUUACAAAAUAAGAAUUCAUUUAAGGUCCACCUCAUGAGGUGAAUUAUAUCCGCAUUGUAAAUAUACUGUGUUAUUCUGCCUUUGCCAGUAUUAUGGUAGCCUUGGAACCUGGCACGCCUUAUUGGGUUUGUUGAAGCCAUCCUUGGCAUCUAGCACUUAUAUCUCUGUCCAUGCUGUUAAAAUUGUGUACGAACUGCCAGCUUUCCAAAUAUAGGUGGUUUCAAUCACCCAUGUAACUGUAUAGAAAUGACUGUUCCUAACAAACUCCGUACUUUCAAUGAUAUGAUUAGAAAGUUAGAUUCUGUUUUCAAAGUGAAUGGUUUGGGCCCCUUUAAAGACCAGUCUACAGUUUUUAAGUGUACACCAUUUACAGCUAUGAAACCCACUUUGGUAUUUAUUAAAUGAAGUGUUCAGUUAAGUGUUAUUAUAAAAACAGCAACAGAAAUAUUCACUGACUUUACAGACAGCAGUAGCAUUUCUGGGUGCGCAUCCAGCAUUUCAUGUUUCUGUUCUGUGGACUCCUCCGCACUGAGUGCAGUUUCCCUGUGAUAUUACCUCACUGUAAGAAGGUUACAAAUUACUUCCCUCUGAGAACUUUUUUAUUAAACAUUAGUCAGACUGUCCUGCAUUAGAAAGAUGUACUAUUUGGUAAACCUUCUUCCAUUUAACUUCUAGAAAAUAUUACUCUUGGCAUUAUGCAUGCAUUUAGAAGCUUACUUAAAACCUGUCUUUGUACAUGAAUAGUACUGUAGUCACAUAGCUAAGUUUGAACAAGAGAGCAUUUCAAUUUUCUCACUGUUCACAUUGAAAUGUGAGCCUGCAACAGUAUUAGUUUAUAGCUAAUUGGCUGUCUGAACAUUGUCAUUUAAAAAUGGCUUCAACAUCGUUGAAGGUUAUAAUUAGCUAAUGUAAAACUUUGUAAGUGGUGUGUUAUUUGGCAAACUCAGUGUUGUAGAUAAUUUUUUUCAAAAAAAUCAGAGUGAAAAUUGCCCUUUUUCUGCUAUUGAUGAUGGAAACCCAAAUCACCAAUAUCAAGUUGUUUUAAUAGUCUUCAUUAAACCAAAAUUGUGGUCUGUAGUUUUACCUCCAGGCAUCAGCCAGCAAACACAUUAUUAUAAGGUUAAAUUUCUAAUAGUCUUUCAAGUGCUGCAUUUGACCCCUGGUAGCUUCAGAAGUAUGAAACUGCAUUACCUGAAAACACAUUCCUUGCACUUAAUUAACUCGCAUUUUUUUCUCUAUUCAAAGCAUCUAACGCUAUUAAAAUACAAAUCCAUUCAUUUUUCUCAUUUUCUACAGUAUGUUACAUUUUAACACUUAACACACAAUUGUUUUUCUUCGUAAACCGUUUUUGUCAGGUUCCUUGCUUUUCAUAUGUAGGCCUGGUACAUUUCUUAAGAUAGAUGUGACUUCAGCACAACAACAGAUAUAACUUGUAUUUUAUCGUAGAUCAUCUUGGCUACCCAGGAGAAUUUUUCAUUUCAUAAAAGCACAAUGCAAAUUUUCUUAAAGCUUUCAUUUUUAGAGCAGUUUGACAAAGCUGUAGUCAGUGAAUAUUUAAUCUUAUUGAUAUGGCUAAUAUGGAAAAUUUAAAUAUCAGUCUAAUAAAACCUGCAUGAUAAUUGCAAAAUAUUGGAACUGUUAUUGGAAAGCGGCUUUUAAACAAUUGCUUCAUCAUCUAUGACAAAAACAAGUUUAUUCUUAAAAAAACAAGAAAAGGAAAAAAAAAACAGGGCACAGUGCAACGAAGCUUGCUGGCAUUUCCCCCACAGCAUUACCCACAGUAUUUCAGACUCGUACUUUUUCUGGAAGGAAGUCAGGCCCAGAGUUUAUUUUGCAUUCCAUUUUAUCCAUUAAUACAAUGUUUUAAGUUGCAUUAAAGAACAAAAACUAUUUACGUUUUGUGGUCAAGUGUAUUUUUAAGUGAUUUCAAAAUGAGCUGGUAAAAGCAAAAUGUAUAAAGAAACUUGGACAUGUAAAAUGAUGUUGAGUCAAAUGCUAUUCUUUUCUACGCUCUUUGCAGUAGUAUAUAUGCAUUUUUUUAAACUGAAAUUGAGUUCCAUCAGGAACAAGAGUUCUGUUUAUUCUGGCUUAUCGUGGGUCAUAGGAAACCUGAAAAACACGUUGUAUGAUAUUGAUUGAGUUUAAGUAUGGUAUUAUUUAAACUCAAUGAGCCACUCUGCAAUUUUGUACAUGACAUGGUAUUGGAGAAAGUCUAGAUCUUUAUGGACAAAUAGCUAAUUAGUUUUUUUGCCCCAGGAGGGGGAAGUAUGUUCUGCAAAUGAUGUCUUAUUUACUGUUGAACAGCAGUUGCUAUUUAUUUUUUUAUUACAUAGUACAUUGACGUGUUGUAUAGAAAUCAGCUCUGGUAGUGCCACUAGUUAAAAUCUUGACUUCUUAUUUGAAUGUUAAGGUCAAACAUCAGUACACUUGUCUCUUCACAUGUAUUUAAUGUGACAGUUUGAGUACUGUAUGUGUUAAUUUCUACUUUUUUAAUAUUUAAAGUCGCUUUUAAAUAAAUGUAUUCAGUUGAUCCCAGA